CAUUGGUGUGAGGUUUUGAUUCGUGACCAACAUAUACCAACAUACAAUAUGUUGGGACAGGAAGCCCACAUAUACACUCAGUAGCAAAACAUGUGUGAGGUUUGUGCAUGACUGUCAGCAGUUUUGAGAUGGCGUCAGGCACUGUCUUAGGAUUCCCAACUUAGGGUGUUUCUUCUCAAGAAGCGAACGCCGGAACAUCCUAGUCGUACACCGUUUGUUUGUCGUUUGUUCGACCCAUCCUGCCACGGGCAUGGCAUCAGAUGAGGGGUCUCCACCUUUGUCUCCUGGCAUCCUUGAAGCGUCCAAAGAGUUGGAAGACAUCAUCGAGGCAAUUGCAGAUGACCCUUCGCAGAUCAAUGUGGAAGACGUGCGACACGAACUUCUCAGGCGCUAUGAUCUUGCACGACGGGAUGCUGGCAAAGUCACUUUGAGCCGCUGUGUGCGGUUUCUCAAAGAUCAGAGCCGAAGUGUGACGGCACGUGUCGCUAUGAUGAAGGUGCUGGACUACCUGAUGGAUGUGAAGGAUGGCAUGUUGGCGGAAGCGAUUGCAGAUGAGAAGAAGCUGGACUACUUUAAGAACAAUGCCAAAGAGACCAAGGAACAAGAGCGGCGCAAACACCGUCGUUCCAAAGACGUCGAGAUACUCCAGGCGACCUGUGAGCUCUUGGACAAGUGGGGAAGGCACUAUGAGUCCAAGGGCGCGCCCCCAAACACUGGCGGAGGCAAGAUUGCGCAAGCCUGGAAGGAUCUCACGAAGGAUGGCGUGCGUUUCCCCAUGACCUACGACUACCUCACCUUGACCCCGGCCCCCUCCGACGCCGGUGCCUUCAGCGCCGCCGUGGAACGGCACGCUGCGUCGUCAGAGCUGGAUGAAGCGCUCUUGGGGCGCCUGGCGGACGCGAUGCAGACGGCCCUGGAACGGCAUGGGCGAGAGAGCAUGGAGUUCGGGGAAGCGAAGGCACACUUUGAGUCCACAUUGGAGCAGUGGCAGCAUGCUGUUGAAGCCGCGGCAGACGGUGACCCGGAGCGGUUCGCGCGGCUCUUCGAUGUGGUCAGCCGCUACGCGGAGCGACAGCAGAGUAUCGAGAGCGGCGCCACGGCGCUGGGCGCGGCACCGCUGGGCGCGGCACCGGCGCUCCCUGCAUCGCCCAGUACUGGAUCGCGUGCUUCCAGGGAGGAGGAAGCGCCCUCCGAGCCCCGGUCGCACCGCCGGCGCCGGCGGAAGAGUGCCGAGCGGCUGCCGGAGGUGGCCACGCCCAGCUUCGGCGACUGGCGCCCCGAAGAGGCGGCGAGCGACUCCCUCGGUGAUGGCCGGCCAGGCUCCUUUGGUGGCAGCUUUGGCUUGCAAUCCUUCCCUUCCUUUGGUCCCGACGGCGCGGGCUUCGGCGACCCCAUGGGCCCCAGCACCUUUGGGAUCAGUGACGGCUUUGGCGGCUUUGGGCCAGGUGAUCUCCCUGAUCAUGGUUCAGAUGCCAGCUUCGGUGGGGAUCUUGGCCCGAACUUUGGUUCUCGGAUGGAGCAGCCUACUUGGAGUGAGCAGCCGCUGGACCCGGUGCAGGAGGAGCUGCCAGAUGUGCGGCCGUCCUUCGCACCGCCUGCGCCCGAGCAGACGGAUCAGAUGGCGGAGCUGUGCCGCAAGCUGGCACAAGAGGUGCAAGAGUUGCGGUCGCAAGCAGAGAAUGACUCGUCCAAGGAGGAAGUCGAGGCCUUGCGCCGACGCGUCAAGGAACUCGAGGCGCAGGAUGUGAGUGCCAAGAAAGACUCCACCAUCAGCUCGCUGCGGGAGGCGAACAUGCAGUUGCAGGCUGAGCUGGACCAGCGCGGCUUGGAGCUCUCGGCGAUACGAAAGCGAGCUCUGGAGGCAGAGCGGAGGCUUUCGGAGAAGGAUGAGGUCUUCCAGGACACUUGCCAGCGGCUUUUAGAUGCCCAGCGUCGCAUCGCUCAACUGGAAGAUGACCUCGCGGGCCAAGUGGAGGUCCAGCAGUCUUUGGAAAAUCGGCUUCAAGGUGCCAAAGCGCUGAACACAGCCACAGAGCUGGAGUUGAAGCAGGUGAGACAUGCACUGGGAUCGGUCACGGGCCUCGACUCUGAAACACGGAGGAGCAAUGUGCCCUAUGGCUUUCCGGGCGGAGACCAACGACCGCCGAGCCCAAGCGUGAGCCAGGCUGAUGAGCUGGCAUCAUCCAUGGCAGAGAAGGCUUCGAGGCUGGAAGUAGACUAUGGAGGGCACACGGGAGCAUAUUUGCCCAGGAGCUCGCUCCAGACCUGGAAACUAACUCCUCGAGUGCGUCAGCCGGGUGCCCUGCUGAGGCGACCGGCCUCGCAUGUGAUCGCACUGAACACGGCGGCACAUUUCCGGCAGCUCUUGGGCGAAGCGCAGGGCAUCCUCUAUGAGGAUCACCAAGUGCUACUGUCCAUGAACUUCCAUCCCCUCCAGCAGGCGGGUCCUCGGCAGAAGAUCCACUUCGAGGUUUCGGUGUCGAACCGUGGUGCUCAUCCGAUCCACGAUGUGCGCCUUCAACCAGCUGAGACAAGCAAUGUGCAUCCUCGAUGCUUCGAUGUGCAACUGGCGCCCCAGGGUGCCAGUACCCUGUGGCCCACCACGGCCUUGCGAUUCCAGGGCAGCAUCGAGGUCUUUGGAGUGGAUGACAUUGGCCCUCAGGUGGACCUUUCAUACCUUCAGCCAGACAGCCAAAGUCUCAGGGCCCGGCUUCGGCUUCCCUUCACGUCGCGGUUCCUGCAAGUGGCGCCAAAGACUUCGCCAGCGCGCUGGGACGAAUUGGUUCACACAGAAGUUGCUUGUGUGUGCGAGCUUCGUAAAUCAUUGGUGGCUGCCUGCACAUCAGCCUGGCAGGCCCUGGAGAUGGGUGGAGCUUUGAAGUGCAUUCCAGGCAUGGCUGGCUUUCCUGGAGCCUUAUUUGCUGGAUGCUUCCAAGCCCCUGGAGGUGAGGCCGUGGAGCUUCUGCUGCACGUGGAGUUGGGUCUGCCAGACACGGUGGAGGGCGGUCAAAGCCUCUGCCGCCUGGCGGUGCGCUCCACCUCUGCACCGGUGAACCGUGCGGUGGCGCAGGCCAUGUCUUUGUUGCUUCGAAACGGACACAUCUUGAGCUGCAACGGUGGGGGAGUCGUGAAAAGGACGACUUGGCUUCAUGCUGAAGGUGGUCGCAUCAAAUCCAUUGGCUCUGGCGAUCCGCCCAACGUGGAUGGCGAUGUUUUGGAUCUGGAGGGUCGCACCGUUCUACCUGGUUUAGCCGAUAGUCACUUGCAUGUUUUUGCUCUGGGCAAGGCCACCACUUCGGUGAACCUGGAGGGUUGCAAAUCCAUGGAGGAGCUCCAAAGCAGGGCUCGGGAGCAUGAAGAAGCGACCACUCCAGCGACAGACGACGCCACUGUCCCCAAUGCGACGCUUCCGCAACGGUACUUGGAGGGUCUCGGUUGGGAUCAAGAUCUCUUGGGCCGGACACCCACCAGGAGCGACCUGGAUGCCAGUGUCCAGACACCGGCCAUCUUCUAUCGUCGAUGCCACCACGUGGCGGUGUUGAACUCUGCUGCCCUGAAGAUCUGUUCCAUCACAGCAGACACUGAGGAUGUAGAGGGCGGCGUCAUCGAACGAGAUGCGUCUCACGAACCCACUGGUGUCCUGCGCGAGAAAGCACUGGAGCUGCUGGAACCCUUGACCAACCAGGAGGAGUCCUUCGAAGUGCAGAAGGACUACCUGCUAAGAGGUUUGAAGCUUUGUGUAGAGAAUGGAGUGACAUUUGUCCAGUCCAACGACAGCAAGCUCUUGGGUGGCAUCUCUAGGCCUUGGGAGGCCUAUGGCAGCCUGGCAGAUGAGUCCAAGCUACCUUGCCGGGUCUUCCUCACCGUGGCCUGGCAAGAUGUGGGAAGCACUGCGCCCAAGGCCAAGCAGUUCCACUCGUCCGGACUGCUCUCAUGCGACCGCGCGAAAAUCUGGACGGAUGGAGGACUCGGCGCUAAGACUGCGGCCAUGUUGGAACCCUAUGCUGAUGAUCCCCAGAACUCCGGGGUGAUGCAAAUGAGCACUGAGGAGAUUGCCAAGGCGAUGGGCCACCUGAAGGAGCAUGGCUUUCGCGUGGAAGCUCAUGCCAUUGGUGAUCGGGCGGCCAGUGACUUGAUCGAUGCUUUCGAGAAGUUCAUGCCCUCCACGGAACGACCGGUGCUCACCCAUUGUCAGUUCCUGAACAAGAACUUGGUGGAGAGAAUGUCGAAGGGUGGCAUCAUUGCAAAUGUUCAGCCUCAAUUUGUCCCGUCAGACUUGCCCAUCAUCAAGUCUCGUGUUGGGGAAGGGACAGAGCGCUUCAACUAUGCUUAUGUAUGGCGGACCUUGAUGAAGGCUGGCGUGCAUGUCGCUGGAGGCAGUGAUGCGCCGGUUGAAGCCCCAACGCCAUUGGUUGGCAUGGCAGAUGCCAUGGAGCAUGCACUCUUCGCGUCCGAGCGCCUGACCUUUGCCGAAGCCUUGUCGAUGUACACCACGGAGGCGGCCUUCGCUGCGUGCGCCGAGGAGAGGAUUGGCACGUUGGAGCCGGGGAAAGAUGCAGAUUUUGUGGUCCUGGACUGCAACACCGAUGCCGAGGCGCUGACGGCCUCACAGUUGCGCAGCUGUCAGGUGGAGAAGGUGUACGUGCAGGGAAAGCUGGUCCACGACCGAACGACGAACGCCAAGCGACGGCGCAUCGCCACUGGUGAUGGGCCAGGGAAGAGCGGCUUGCCUUUUGUCCGUGGACGAUGUCCUGCAUGCAGCAUGACAUCCCAUCGAACCUGCUCUGGAAGCAGAUAGAUGGGUGUGGAGCGAGUCAAGAAAUGAGAUAGAUAGGGUUUACCUCAGGGAAGACGAGUCUUCACCGCAAGAUGAUACACCGAUGAGCGAUGCCAAUUUCCCUAUUCCCAUCCCACGAGCUGGAUCCAAAGUGUCCAGUCUGCGCAUGAGGACAAAAAUGCGUCGGU